AUGUAUACAAAGACUCAAUCACAAGAAAACAAUAAUGAUAAUAAUCAACAACAACAAGAAAAUUUAUCUACAACAAAUAGUAGUGAAUUUUCAAUAUCGAAUGCAUCUGCUCCUAUAAGUAAUGAUGAACGUGCGAUUCAUAUAGCACAAUUACUUCAAGAAGCUAAUCUUCCUGAUCUGAUACAAUUGGAUACUAUUAAUCAAAUACAAUAUUUUCUUUAUGAACGUGAUCAACUUAUGACUGAAGCAGAACAUAUUCGUAUACAUUAUGAAAAGCAAUAUCAAAUAUUGAGACAUCAUCAUGAUCAAACGGAAAAUAAUAAUGAACAUCUUAUAGUUCAAAUUCGUACAUUAUCGAAAGAACUUAUUUUAUAUAAACAUCUCGUUGAAGCUCCAGAAAAUCUUGAAUCAUCAACAAAACCAAAAGAUUAUCAACAAUUAAAACAAACUAUCGAAGAAAUUGUACGAGAAAAUGAACGUUUACAUUCUGAAUUAAACUAUUUUAAAACAAGUGAUCCUGUCUAUGAACAAGUACAAUUAUUAGAAACAACUAAUAUACAUUUAAAACAAGAAUUAAAUCAAGUAAUCAAUGAUAAUAAUCAUUUAAAACAAAUAAUUAAUCUUGAUGAAAUUCAAUAUUUAAAAACCAAAUUAAUACAGACAAUUGAAGAAUGUGAACAAUUAAAAGCAGAUAAAGAAAAAUUUAUUCAACAACAAACAUCAUCAUCAUUAAACAAAGAAGAACAUAUUUAUUCAUCUCCUCCUAACCACCAAGAGUCACAAGUAGCAUCAAUUUCAAUUCAAUCUUUAAAACCAAUUGAAGAAAAUCCUCCUACCAAUGAUAUUGUUGAAUUACAUCAACAUGUUCAUCGUUUAGAACAAACAAUACAACAACGUGAUUAUGAAUUACAAAAAUUACAGAAUGAAAUCGAAAAAGGUACAUGUUCAAUAAUGAGUUCAAUUGAAGAUCUUUAUAUGGCAUCAUCAAACAUUUCAUCACCAACAAGUAUAUGUAAAUCACAACCAUCUAUUAAUGAAUUACAAAACGAAAUCGAUCAAUUACAUGAUAGAUUAAAUGAAUUAACACAAGAAAAUCAAACAUUAAAACUUCGUAUACAAGAGAUUGAUACAAUUUACGAAGAAAAUGAAUAUCUUUAUGCGGAAAAGACUCAAUGGACUGAAGAAAUGGAACAAACUAGAUUACAUCAAUUAGCACUUCAACAAGAAAUUAAUAUAUUAAAACAACGUGAAAAAGAAUUUUUAUUUACAAAUGAUCCAUCAAUAUCAGUAAAUGAUUCGAAUACGACAAAAUUAAAAUUAAAAAUAGAUUGGUUCAAUCGUAGAAAUAAUGAAUUAGAACGUGAAAUUAUUCAUUUACGUCAACAAAUAGUUUUAAUUACAGAAGCAUAUGAACAAGAUAAAGCAGAAUUAAUUCAUACAAAUCAAUAUUAUAAACGACUUUUACAAGCGAAUCAAAAUUCUAAAAAACAUCCUAAAAAAUCAGUUCGUAUCGAACAAACUCAUACUGAAAUUGAAAAUCAAUUUGAACAACAAAGACAAGAAUAUGAAAAAAUCAUUACAGUUUUAAAAGAACAAAAUGAAAAUACAGAACAAAAAUAUAGUUCUCUUCAUAAUACAACUCUUAAACUUCAAAAUGAUUAUCAUCAAAAAGAAUUCAAUUUUGCUCAUCAACUUGAUGAAAUUGUUAAACAACGAGAUACUAUUCAUACACAAUUAACUUCUUUAGAAAAUCAUUAUGAACAAAUAGAAGAAGAAAAUAAAGCUUUAAAGCAAGAGUUAAAUUCAAAAAAUGAAGUAAAUCGAGAUCUUCAAUUAGCUUUAAUAUCAACAAAUCAUGAAAAUCAACCACAACAUCUAUCAAAUACAGAUCUGGCUGAAUUACAAAAAAAAUAUGAUCAUGAUAUAGCUGAAUAUAAUACUCAAUUAGAGUCUUUACGUACUUUACAAAAAGAAAUUAUUACAAAUUAUGAUGCUGAAAUAUUAAAAAAUCAUCAAACAAUAAUUCAAUUACAACAUGAUAAUAAUCAAUAUUCAAGUGAAUUAGAACGUUAUCGAUUAAAUAUUAAUAAACUUCAAGCUGAAAUCAAUGAAAAACAAAAUUUUAUUCAACAGAUACAAAAUGAUUUAAGUGAACGAUCAGCUUUAUAUGUUAGUAUUAAUAAUCAAUUAUCACAAGAAGUAAAAAUAAAAAUGACGAGAAUAACAGAACUUGAACAAUCUCUAUCUCAAGAACAACAAAGUAAAACAGAAAUACAACAAAAACUUCAAGAUUUACUUCAGUCAGAUAAAGAACCUGUAGAUAAAAAUGAAAAAUCUGAACAACAUAAUAUUAAUUCAAAUGAAACAAUAGAUUCAAUAAAACGUGAAUUAAUUAUUUUACGAAAUGAAUUGAGAACAAAAUCUGAUGAAAAUACGAUGUUUCAACAUAUAAUUGAAGAUGAAAAACUUAAAAGACAUAGACUUGAAAUGAAAAUAAAACGAUUAAAAGAUGAAUUUAUUCAUGUUCGUACAGAACUUUAUAACCGUGUGGAAGAAAAUCAUUCAUUACAAUAUGAACUUAUUGAAUGUCGAUUGAAGAUUGAUUAUUUUUCACAUGUACACGAUCAAGCUAUUCGUUCACCUGACGACAAUGAAACAUCAAAUAUUCUUCAAUUAUAUUUAAAAGAAAAAGCCGAUAAUCUGCAUUAUCAAUUAAAAUGUCAAACAUAUCAACAACAAAUUGAUUAUUUACAAAGAAAUUAUGAAUCAGUGAAAGUCAAACAUAAGCAACGUUUACAAGAAGAAAAAGAGAUAUAUGUACGUGCUAAAAUGAAAUAUCUUGAUCAUAUUAGAAAUAUUCAAAGAGAUUUACAAGAAACACGACGAUUACUUGAAAAAGAUGCAGAAACGAAAUUAAAUCAAGAAUCAGUUUAUCAACAAGUCAUUGAUGAAAGAAAACAAUUACUUACAAAUAUGGUUGAUAAAGAUGUUAAAGAACGUGAAAUACGUCGUGAAAAUCUUUUAUUAACAUCAAAAAUUCAAUUACUGGAAAAACAAAUGGAAAAUUUAAAUGAUCGUAUUGAUCGAACAGCACGUGAGCAAAUACAACUUCGUCGAGAUGUUAGUAAUGUUCGUUUCGAUAUUAAUGUUUCAUCCGAAAAUAGUACUUCUUCUUCACCUAUUUUACCUUCAAGAAGGACUACAAUAACUUAUAUCGAUUCAACAGGACGAGCUCAACCUAUUUGUUAUUCCGAAGCAUUUGGUUUUGUUAAUGGUCAUCUACAGGAAGUAUCUGCUACUUCAUAA